UGGCUUAUGGUACUUGUAUUACGUUCAGCUUCAACCAGUUAUCAGGAAAGAGGUUAUUGGACUACAUUUCCCAUAAUCCACUGCGAAUGCGAUAAUGGCGGCCUCCUUGGUGGGAGUGCUCGCUGUGGUUCGCAAUGUUAGUGUUAAAAGGACGGUACGAUCGAAGUGUUUAAUAUCCAGUUCUCAUGUAUGUACUAGGAGGUUGGGAGCGUCAGCCUGUCGGAACGCCAAAGCACAAGUGAAGAGAAGCCUUAGCCAGGAGCUGGUUGGUGUUGUUGGUCUUGAGAUCCACGCACAGAUCCACGCCAGCACUAAGCUCUUCUCCGGCUCCCAGGUCCGCUUCUCCUCUCCGCCCAACUCCUUGGUGUCCUUCUUUGAUGCUUCACUGCCCGGAACACUACCAGUGCUCAACAGAAGAUGUGUGGAGGCUGCUGUGAUGACGGGCCUCGCCCUCAACUGCACCAUCAACAAGAAGUCGCUGUUUGACCGCAAGCAUUAUUUCUAUGCCGAUCUUCCAGCUGGCUACCAGAUCACCCAGCAGCGGCUGCCCGUCGCGGUGGACGGCCGGCUCUCCUAUGGCGUGCUGGUGGACGGCAGCCAAAACCACGUGCUGGAGAGGAGCGUGAGGAUCAAGCAGAUCCAGCUGGAGCAGGACAGCGGGAAGAGCCUGCGGGACGGACACCGGAGCCAGACGCUCAUAGACCUCAACAGGGCAGGCAUCGGUCUGAUGGAGCUGGUCAUGGAGCCUGAUAUGUGCUGCGGCGAGGAGGCUGCAGCAGCCGUGCGGGAGCUGCAGCUCAUCCUGCAGGCGCUGGGCACCUGCCAGGGCAACAUGUCAGAGGGCCAGCUGAGGGUGGAUGCCAAUGUCUCCGUACACCGGCCCGGCGAGCCGCUCGGCGUGCGGACCGAGGUGAAGAACAUCAACAGUGCCCGCUUCCUGGCCCGAGCCAUCGACUACGAGCUCCAGAGACAGAUGGCCGUCGUGGAGAGCGGCGGGACCGUGGUGAACGAGACGAGAGCCUUCGAUUUCAAGUCGGGCCAGACCAUCCCCAUGCGGGACAAAGAAGGUCUCCAGGACUACAGGUUCAUGCCGGAGCCCAACCUUCCCCCGCUGCUGCUGUAUGACCAGCAGACGGCCCCCAUGGAUGCAGACCCCACGCAGGUGAUCCUAAUCGAUCAGAUCCAGGAGCAGCUGCCGGAGCUGCCCAGGGUGACCAGGGAGAGGCUGGUGAAGACCUACGGCAUCCUGCCUGAGCACAGCUUCACGCUGGUGAAUGAGGACGACCUGGUGGACUAUUUUGUGUCUGUGGUCCAGCGGACCAAAGCAGAGCCGAGGAAGGUGAUUGGCUGGGUGCUGAAGGACCUGCUGGGCCAGUUGAAGCAGCGCUGUCUGAGCACGGCCCAGAGUCCCAUCUCGCCGCUUGCGCUGGCAGAGCUGCUGGACCUUCUGGAGGCAGGACGCAUCUCCUCGCCGGCCGCCAAGCUGGUGUUCCAGGAGUUGUGGAAGGGGACAGGGAGGAGCGCGGAGCAGAUCGUGGAGCAGCAGGAUCUGGGCGUGAUGAGGGACCAUGGUGAGAUCGAGCGGAUCUGCCAGAGUGUCAUCGACUCGCACCCGGAGGAGGUACGGGCUAUCAGGGGCGGGAACAGGAACGUCUUGAACAAGCUGAUGGGCCGGGUGAUGAAGCAGACCAAGGGGCGUGCCGACCCCCUGCUGGUGAGGACCCUCCUGGAGGAGAAGACGUCCUGAGGGAGGAGCCAAGCCCCGCGGCCGGAGCGUACUGCUCCCAGAGGAGGUCCGGGUCUCCAGCUCGAACGUGGCUGCCGAUCACGGAGACUGGCACGAUUUAUUUGUGACUUUUGGAAAUGUGGAGUCUCGACUUGCUAAAACCUGCCAGCUGGUCUGUUCUCUCGUUCUUCUCUGGAACACUGUAAGAAAUGCUAGCAUUAUUUUUCACAGGCAGGAAGCUCAUGUCUCUUCCUGUUUGUCUCCCAGUGUCAGAACAUGAAAUUAAAAAAUGGAGAGCUCCA